CUGUCACAGACAAACUUGUUACUGUAAAGGGAAGGACUUUACAGAUACUGAGAAGUUUUGCUGGCGGGUCUAGUUCCCUACCUUAUUGGUCUUAUCAGAGCGUUAUGGUAUCUGAACAACACUUAAGAUGUGGGCCGUCAUUGUAAAUAACAAUUUGUUCUUAACUGACUUGCCUAGUCAAAUAGAGGUUACAUUUAAAUAAAAAAGAUAACGAGACAUUGUUCUUAGAAUGGAGCUGUUAUGUUGAGAGUUCAUCAAUUGCAUGGAAUUAUUGGAGUAAUGUGUAGAACACGUUGUUUAACCCUUGCCGACAUUCUUCUGCGAUAGUGAGAUAGACAGGAUUGUAGUUCUCUAUAUAUGUUUAUAGAGAUACAUGUAGUAUGGACAUAGAUCCAGUACGGUUGGAGUCCAGUCUAUGGGUCGGUAAGAAACGUUACCGGGCAGCACUUACUGGCUGGCACCUCAACUGGACUGAGCUUGAUAAGAAGAACCGCGAUAAGAAGACCGUUUCAGUACCAGUAUCUGAGGUUAUUGGUGUGGAGGAAGGGCGUGUGCAGGUUCUACCCCAGAUGUCAGUAGCUGAAGACACAGACAGAGAAUUCACAGUGUUCUAUGUGAAACGCAGCAGCAGCGGUAGUCCCUAUGGGUUGUUAUGGCGCCUGGGCAGGACCCAGUUCUGCUGUCCCAGUAGGGACCUCAGAGAUCAGUGGAUGACCCAGCUGAGAAUUGCCCUCAAAACACACAGCCCCUCUCGUCCUCACAGGCUGUUGGUGUUCAUCAACCCGUUUGGAGGAAAGAAACAAGGGAGGCAGAUCUAUCACUCUCUAGUGGCCCCACUGUUUGAGCUGGCAGGUAUCAGCUCUCAUGUUGUAGUGACAGAACGCGCCAACCAGGCGAGAGACCACAUACUGAAGAAAGACCUGACUGGUUUCGAUGGUGUGGUGUGUGUGGGCGGGGACGGAAUUUUCAGUGAGCUGCUGCACGGUGUUAUUGGCCGAACACAGCAGGAGGCAGGGCUAUCGGAGCAUGACCCCUCCAUAACGCUACAGUCAUGUGAUCUUCACAUUGGCAUCAUUCCUGCAGGCUCUACAGACUGUGUGUGUUUCGCCACUGUGGGAGUCAACGACCCAGUGACCUCUGCUCUGCACAUUAUCAUUGGAGACUCUCAGCCUCUGGAUGUGUGUUCUGUCCACCAUUGCUCGUCUCUGGUGCGUUACUCUGUGUCUCUGGUGGGGUACGGGUUCUAUGGUGACGUGCUGGCUGAGAGCGAGAGACACCGCUGGAUGGGGCCUCUCAGAUAUGACUACUCAGGUGCUAUGGUGUACCUAAGUAACAGGAGCUAUGCAGGUGUAAUUCAGUACCUACCAGCAGACUCCCAGCUCUCCAGCCCCAGGGACAAUACACGCUGCCUCUCUGGGUGCAGUGUGUGUUCUAAAGGCACAGAGAGACUGUUCCCCCACUCUCCAGGUGCUCGUUCCCUCUACAGCUCCCACUUCAGUCAAUUCAGCAGUGACACUGAGGGUGAGUGGGUGAGUGUGGAGGGCCGGUUCAGGGCUGUGUCCCUCACCUGUAUGUCCAGCUCCUGUCCUCGCAGUCCCCUGGGCCUGUCCCCCUCUGCACACCUGGCCGAUGGGACAGGUGACCUGAUCAUCGUACGGGACACACACCCCUUAGGGUUCCUUACCUUCCUACACAGACACACCAGCACACAGGACCAGUUUGACUUGCCGUUCGUGGACGUCCACCGAGUGAAGGCAGUACGCUUUUCGCUCCCUACCGGAGAAGAGGAGGACAGGGAUGAAGAGCGGGAGAGAGUGAAUGAUGGAGGGAUGACGGAGGAAGGAAAGAGACCAAGCCGAAGCGGUUCCCACAAGCACCUGGUAGAAAGAGGAGAGGAGCGAGGGCAGAAAGACUUCCUGUGUGGUUUGUGCUGCAGUAAGGCUCCUACAGUGUCUGUGUGGAACUGUGACGGAGAGAUACUGCCUCACACUGAGAUCUCCUGCAAGGUUCAUGGUCAGCUGGUGCGUCUGUAUGCCCGGGGCAUUGAGAACGGAUCAGCCACUCCCACCAGGAAGUGCCAAGACGGACACAGGAACUGCAAAGGGAGAUGUGUCCUCAACAACUGAGGAAGGCUGUGUUAGGGUCCGUUCACACUACUUGCAAAGAAAAACACUAUGCCAGAGAUGACGACAUUAAUGAUUGGAAUCAAUCAUUUUGCCGGGUACGACCAAUGAAAUGGCUUCCUUUCUGUUUCCAGUGUGAAUAUUUCAAUUCCUAAGUCUUAAGAUGGAGGUUUGAAUAUGAAGGCAGUUAUAGGAAUAUUUUUUUCUACAUAAAAUGCCUUGAUGCCAGUAGCCUAUGACAUCUUCUAUGACAUUGUCUUCUUCUUCUUUGGGGUUAUGAAAAUGUUAUGAAAAUGUUGUACACACAACAAUUGAAAACCUAAUAAAUGUACACACCUUUUUACUCUGCAGAAUGUUGAGCUUCCACAUGAUUUAUUGUUUAUCGUAGAACUGACAUCCCUCUGGCUUAACAAUGACAUUUACCUGAGGAAUCUGUGGCUUUGUAUGUAUACAAUAGGACAAACCUGUUUUUCUUGAACCUUAAGAUCAUCUCCUUGAAGCACAGUGUUGAUCUAAGUAGCAGAGAAGCAGGGCAGAUGAACCAACAAACAAACAUUCCAUUCAGUGCAGCUUGAUGAAUCAGCCAUUGUCAUUGUUAAGGUAGUAACAUACAUUUGGGGUCUUUCAGUCCUUCUCCUUCCUCUGGCGCUUCCAGCCCCAGAAGUCAGUCAGUCAGUCUGUCUGUGUCUGUUUAUUGUUGAAAUGAUUGGAGCAGUGUGUGUGGUGUGUGUUUGUGUGAGUGUGGGCUGUAGAGUGAAGGAAUACUCAGAGCUGGCCCAUAUACCUGGAAAGAGAGGAACAGAAAAUAGUGUCAGUCAUCAGCCAAUCACAGCGGAGCAACUUACGCCUAGAGCAAGCCUGGACUGAGUGAUAGAAAUGUAGGAACAGUAGAUGGAAAUAUAAUUAGUCAGGUUUCUAGUUUAGAAAAGAGAGUUUGCAAAUUUGGAUGGUAUUAUCUGACUAUAUCCCAAUAUGAUUUCAUUUUGGUUAAAGACAACUAAGUGAUUUUCAAAGGGGGGAUUUGAGUAGACAGUGGAGAACUUUCUACCUUGCUGGGUCAUGGUUUGCACUCUUCCCACCGGGCACAGACGUCAGUUCAACGUUUAGAUUAAAAUUUUGUUGAGUUGUCAACUAAUGUGAAUUCAACAUGAAAUCAACUGAACAUUUCACAAUAACAUAGGAUUAAGGUAAAAAGUUAGGUAAAAAAAUCUAAAUGCCCUUACUUUGAGUUUUUGCAAAUCCAAUCAGUUUUACACAUUGAUUCAACGUCAUCACAUGUAUUUAUUUUGUUGACAUUACAUGGAAACAAUGUUAAUUCAACCAGUUGUUCCCCAGUGGGUUAUCUCCUCUGCUCAGGCUCUCCACUGUGUUUUGGAACACAGCCUCACAGGCAAUAACAUAGCACCAAGAACCUGUCUGUCUCACGACUUCCGCCGAAGUCGGUCCCUCUCCUUGUUCGGGCGGCGUUCAGCGGUCGACGUCACCGGCCUUCUAGCCAUCGCCGAACCACUUUUCAUUUUCCAUUUGUUUUGUCUUUGUUUUACACACCUGGUUUCAAUUCCCCAAUUACAUGUUCAUUAUUUAACCCUCUGUUUUCCCCAUGGUUUUUGUGCGUGUUUGUUUUCUGUAUUUCGUGUGGGCUUGGUAUUACUACAUGUAUUUGGUAAUUUUGAGUAAAGUUACUUUUAUUACUCAU